AUGAGUGGUGGAUCUCAACUUGGUGGAAUUAAUAUCAAUAAUUCAAAGAGAAGAUCAGUAAGUUAUGAUACUCAAAGAAUAAAACUUCCUUUUAGUAUGAGUAAUACUUCAAAACUGAGUGUUGGAAGCAAUGAGGGUACAACAUCUUAUUUACAACCACUGGUAGGAUCUCAUAAUAAUAGUCAAUUAAGAGUCUUUUCUGAGGGAGCUACUUACAACCAUAAUCCUUCAUCAUUAAAUGAUCUCAAGCAUUAUCAACAACAACAACAACAACAACAACAACAACAACAACAACAACAACAACAACAACAGCGAGAUUUAUUACAUCCUCCUCAUUCCCCUUUACUGCGACCACAAUAUCUUAAUCAACAUCAACAACCAAGACGUUUGUCCCAUGUAUCACAACCAGAUGACUCUAAACAACAACGAAAUGAUCAAAAUGGUACCCCAAAUGAUGAAUUUUUUUCAUUUUCACCAACUGAAUUAGUGGUAAAGUCUAAAAGUCAUGAACCACUAACAGCAAAGACUAGUCACGUUUCUAACUUCAGUUUCUCAGAACAUGAUGAUCAAGACUUAGUUAUUUCACCUAUUAGAGCCGAUCUCUUCCCAUAUGGGUCAGCUUCUAGAAGACAAGAUCCAUUAAUAAGUCCUGUUCUUGAAACAUCGGAAGGAGACUCCACCCUUCUAUCUAACUCGGCGCCAUCAUCACCACCAAAAUCGGCAUCAACAUCACAUGGAGGAGUAGGUCUGAUAAUCGGAAGUUACAACUAUAUCAAAACAUCAGAUGAAUUACAUCGUCUCUCACACACGCUGUCAAAUAAUAUGAAAGACUAUGAAAAAUCAAAAUCUACAGACAUGUUGACACCAAGAAGGAAACUGACCACUGAAUCAGGAAUUUUAUAUCGAGCAAAAAGUAAUGAUCCACCUUAUGAACAUCUUGAACCACCAUCCAUGGACCCACCACGCCAAAUAGUAGCUCAUCAAGAACCACAAGACCAUUAUAGGCAACAGUCUGAUGCGUCAACAAUGUCACAAGGUUCAAAUAACUCAAUCACGACCCCAAGUUCAGAGAAGGCAAGUAAGGAUAAACGAUUUGUGAGAUAUGCCAUGAAUACACAAUCUCCAUUAGUAAAUGCAUCCCAUAAAUGGAAUAUUGCCAAUGUUAUUAAAUGGUUGGAUAAAAAUGGAUUUAAUAAUUCUUGGAAGGAAACAUUUAGAAGAAAUGAAAUAUCAGGAAAUAGGUUUUUAGAAUUGGAAAAUUUUGAAAAAGGUUCAAUGAUUUGGAAACAAUUUGGGAAAUUUUUGGUAUUGGAUGAUGGAAUAAAUUCAAUUGAUCGAUUUCUUGAAUUAUUGAGAAGAGAAUCAUCACAAGAAUUGGAUAGUUUUGGAGGUACUUUACCACAACAACAACAACAACUCAAACCGAGAAAAGACUCUAAUGAAUCACAAAGUUCCCCACUAAGUUGUCUGCUGGCUAACAAGAAUGACUAUAGAAAGUCGACACCAACCGGAUAUCCGAAGCAUAAAUCAACAUCCUCAAUAACAUUGGUUCCCAGUGCAAAUCCCCUGAAGGGUUUCAGCGUUGUUGGCACAGGUGUAGCCACAACAGGACAAGUAGGAACCAUGACUCAAAGGCCGUAUUCGUAUAUUGAUACUCUGAAAAAGGAUAUGUUGCCAUCUCCUUCACAUCAUCUGUUUUUUAGAAAGCAUGCUAGAUCAACUUCCCAUGAAACUUCCAAUGCCAAUUCCAAUUCAUCACUUCCUUAUACUUAUUCAAAUACCUACAACAAAAAGCCACCUAUUUCAAAACCAUCGUCAGUGGAUUAUUACGAUAAUCGACCACUCACAAAGAGUGGUAGCAGUGGCACUGUAAACUCAAUAUCGACUACUAAAAGUGAACCGAAGAAAUCGGGGAUUUUCAGUACGUUACGGAAAUAUGGAACCGAUAAAGCCGCUGGAAUAGUAAAACAUGCAUCACUGUCAGCAUCAAAACAAGCAAAGAGAAUGUCUCCAUAUGAUACAAAAUUCCCAACAAUUGAUGUUCUUCCACCAUUAGAUGCAAAUCCGGAUUUUCAAGAAAUUCUGAAACAGAAUAAGUCUAGACAAUCAUUUGAUAGUUAUAAAUCAUCAAGAUCAGAUCUGUUGACUCCAUAUGGACAAGAAGAUGAAUUGAUUGAAAAUGGUAGAGAGGGAGAAAUUACAAUCACUAGUGCUACUAAUAGUACUACCACUUCUGGUGGUCCAAAGCGAAAAUCGCCUGAUCCAUUGGAAAUAUUGGAUGAAAUUUACAUUCCAAAAAUGGAUGACUAUGAAACAUCGAAACUCAUUUUGGUAAGUAAGGACAAUAAACUGUUCACACCGCUAUCACUUACGCAAUCUGAUCUUGCCAAUGGUGCAAAUAUCAAACUGGCCAUCAAAAGGGCAAUAGGUGUAAUCAAUAUUGGGGCAAUUACUUUUCAUUUAACUGAUUUCAACGCGAAGGAAGGAAGUGCAUUACCUGAUGAUGUGAUUGAAACAUUAAUGCAACUGGAUAAUUUACUCAAAUUUGUGAUUCAUCAAGAAUUGAAAUCCCCGGGAGCUACUACUAGUUUGUCAACUACAUCUUCAGAUUCAAAAUCGUUUGAAUAUGUACCUACUCCACAAUAUCUAUUAUCGUCGACUAGAGAUACCAAGGUCGAUUAUUUGAAUUUCAAAGAUCAAAUUGAUGUCAUGUCGAGUAUUCAUGAAGAACGAAAACCAACAAGAUCCCGUGCAUCAUCAACAUCAACACAAGGUCGUCAACAACCAUCAUUCCCGCUUCAACUCCCGGUCCCUGCUCGAAACGACAGAAAGUUGGCUGGCAAUAAUAAUAGAUUAUCAGUGAUGACGGCUACGCCUCAACAAAGAGUUCCUCUGUUACAAAUUGAUACUAGUCCUCAUCCACGGGUGGAGAGAGAACCAGAACAGAUAUCACCACAUGCUACUGCUGUUGAUGGUUCACCCAGUUCAUUCCGAGUAAUUCGUCAUAGCAAUAGAGAAAUCGAUUUCGAUAAGAGACGGAAAUCACCUUUUGAACAACAUCCUCCCAAACAGAUCCCUAAUAUUUAUUCAUCAUCUGUCGUAAUGGCUGAUAGCAAACUGAAAUCUCCGAUAUCUGCGACGACACUCCUGCUGCCUCUGAAAGAUGAUCUUAGAACAUUAGUGAAUACACAUCCUACUCCAAAACAACAACAACCUCAUAAGCAAAUAGCAAAAGGUAAAGGUACAAAUUCAACUCCGUUUGUGAAUAAGAGUGAUCCAAUCUUAAACAGAACAAGUUCGGUUGAUUCAGGUAGUGAUAAGUCUAUAAUUGCAAAACGGGCAGCACCACCUCCACCGGGUGAUAGGAAGACUCAGAUCCAGAAGCAAGAUUCUAUACUUCGUCGUUGUCGUUCAGGGCUGACCAAUAGUUUUGCAUCUACACAUACCAGUAAAAGUAACGGAUCGGAUAAUAGUUCAAUUCAAAACAGUUUUUCUAAGAGUCAUGAUGAUAGUGAUGAUGAAGAUGAUGGUGAUUUCUUUGUGAAGUCGAUGAAGAAGCCCGGAUCGCUGACGCCGGAGAAAGACCGCAAGCAUCCUAAUAAGCAUAAUCAAAAUGUGUCAUCACCUGAAGAUGAAUUUUUUGUCAAGUCAAUGAAGAAGCCGGUGGUACAACAACCCAACAAUGAGAAAAAUAAUAAUAAUGGUGAUGGUGAUGAUGAUGACUUCUUUGUAAAGCCAAUUAAAAUCCAGAGGGAUAUUACCAAUAGCAAACCUUCACAUGACAACAAGAACACAGGACAUGUUCAUGGUCAGAAAAACAUGCGGGUUAGACCCCCAGUUGAAGAAGUCUAUAGCAAUUUAGAGAAAUAUUUCCCCCAUACAAAUCUUGACAAGCCAAUCAUAGAUGAUUCUCCAAUAUCCCCAGUUGUCGACAUGUCACCACAACCACCACCACCGCCUACUAAACAACCAGAAGAUGAUGCUGCCGUGAGAACAGCGUCAACUUCUCCAGAAUCUACCUUUUUGACAGUCGGGAGAAAACCGACAAUAUCACGGACAUUUUCCAAUGCCAACAAAUCACCCACAGUUGAAACACCAGAAGAAUCGGCCGGUGAUGUGGUUUUGAAAGGUGAAUCCACUGGUCAGGACUUAACUACUCGUCGUAGGAGAAUGAAGACAAUUAGAGGUGUUGCUAAUGAAGCUCGUCGAAAAGUUAUGCAACGAAAACAAGUUUCACCUCCAAAUACAUUUGCCAAUUUAUCUCGUGAAAAUAGUAUUAAAUUGGGUUUAGGACGGUCAAAUACCAAAAUGUGGGGACAGAAAGUUAUUGAAGUUACUUCAAAAGAAAUUGAACGAGGAUUUGUGAGUAAGUUACGUAACAAGAAUGGACAAUUUCAAGAGUUUGCUUGGAUUAAGGGUGAGUUAAUUGGACGAGGGUCGUUUGGUGAUGUAUAUUUGGGUUUAAAUGUUACUACUGGAGAAAUGUUGGCCGUUAAGCAGGUAGUUUAUAAUAAGAGGUUUAAUUCUAGUGGGAUUGAAGCGUUACAUAAAGAAGUUGAGACGAUGAAAGAUUUGGAUCAUAUAAAUAUCGUGCAAUAUUUGGGAUAUGAACAAAAGAAUAAUGUUUAUAGUUUAUUUUUGGAAUAUGUUGCCGGUGGAUCAAUUGCAUCAUGUUUGAAAUCAUAUGGGAAGUUUGAAGAAUCAUUGGUAAGAUUCAUAACAAAACAAGUAUUACUUGGUUUGGAGUAUUUGCAUAGUAAUAAUAUCAUUCAUCGUGAUUUGAAAGCUGAUAAUCUUUUAUUGGAAGUUGAUGGGACUUGUAAAAUAUCGGAUUUUGGUAUUUCCAAGAGGUCAAAUGAUAUUUAUGCCAAUAAUGCCAAUAUGUCGAUGCAAGGGACUAUUUUUUGGAUGGCACCAGAGGUUAUAGAUAGUAUGGUUGAAGGAUAUAGUGCCAAGAUUGAUAUUUGGUCACUUGGAUGUGUAGUACUUGAAAUGUUUGCUGGUAAGAGACCUUGGUCAAAUGAGGCUGCAAUUAGUGUUAUUUAUAAAACAGGUAAAGAGAAAUUAGCUCCACCUAUCCCCAAGGAUAUUGUUCAUUUGAUUUCAAAAGACGCGAUGAAUUUUAUCAAUUUAUGUUUUACAAUCGAUCCAAGGGAACGUCCUACUGCCCUGGAAUUAUUAAAUGAUCCAUUUGUUAAUUCAGCAGAUUAUGAUUUUAAUUUUGACACGACUAAAUUGGCAGAAGAGAUUAGAUUUAAUAGUAAACGAAACUUUCAACGAUAA